CCAUGAUUUUGUACUUUCCACUUGUACAAGAACUCUUUUCGUUGAAUUUUGUUAUUGAUAUUUCUCACAUCCCACAUCUCGAAUACAAUUUUUUUUUUUUUUGCAGGGUCCACAAAUUCAUGGAGAUUAAAACUUGGUGUGGGUGUUGGAUCUGCACUACUAUUGAGUGUCUUCAUAUUCAUGAUAUAUUGCCAUUUCGAGUCUUCAUUGAGUAGCCAUAUUGCCUUAUUUAAGCAUCAAACUGAGGACGAUAAAAGCGUUGAGGCCUUUGUCAUACAAUAUGGAUCGUUGAGUGCAAAAAGAUACACAUAUGCCAAUAUCAAGAAAAUGACAAACUCAUUUCAAGUUAAAUUAGGACAAGGAGGUUUUGGUACUCUGUUUAAAGGAAAACUAUCAGAUGGGCGUCUUGUGGCAGUAAAACUUUUAAACUCAUCGAAAGCAAGCGGACAAGAAUUUAUAAACGAAGUUGCAAGCAUCGGUAGGACUUCUCAUGUUAAUAUUGUUACUCUCUUGGGAUUUUGUUUUGACAAUCAAAAAAGAGCUCUGAUAUAUGAGUUCAUGCCAAAUGGAUCAUUAGAGAAGUUUAAAUAUGGCCAUGUUUCUCAAUGUACAAGUGAACACAUAGGAGUAGACAAGUUAUAUGAGAUAGCACUUGGAAUUGCACGGGGUCUUGACUACUUGCAUCGUGGCUGCAACACUCGUAUUUUGCAUCUUGAUAUAAAGCCACAUAACAUCCUCCUUGAUGAAGACUUUUGCCCAAAGAUAGCAGAUUUUGGCCUUGCUAAAUUGUACUCGAGAAAAGAUAGUAUUGUUUCUAUGUUGGAGGCUAGAGGCACUAUCGGGUAUAUUGCCCCUGAAGUUUUUAACAGAAACUUCGGUGGAGUGUCCCAUAAAUCUGACGUAUAUAGUUAUGGGAUGCUCAUACUAGAAAUGGUUGGAGGAAGGAACAAUGUUUAUAAUGGUGUUGGAUCCGAGGAUACGAGUGAAAUCAUGUAUUUUCCAAAUUGGAUUUAUAGCCGUCUUAAGACAAAUGAAUUCUUAUUUGAUGGUGUGACAUCUUCUACAGAAAAUGAAUAUGUUAGAAAGAUGACUAUAGUCAGCUUAUGGUGCAUACAAACUAAUCCCAAGCAAAGACCAUCGAUUAAUGAAGUGAUUGAAAUGUUGGAAGGAAGCAUGGAGGCAUUGGAAAUUCCACCAAAACCUUUCUUCUCUUCUCCACCACGAUCACCAACCACCAUGUUUAACAUAUCGCAAAAAGUGACCGAUGAACACUCAUGUAUUUCACAAAGGACAUGAUAUACUAACGAAAUCAAACUGCAUUUUUAUGAUGGUUUCAUGUUUUUUAUGGAUGAAAAGAUUGAUGUAAAAUUUAUAAUUUUUUAACUCUUGGUGAUAUCUUCAUAUGCUCUAAUUUUGUUCAAA